UGCAUGGAGGGCGAGACCAAAAGGGACCAGGCAGGUGGUCCUUCUUCUCAACCAGCAGCGGACACUCACUUUCCACCCCACGCAGGCCCUGGCACGAGGAAGAUGCACGUUGUUCAGCAGCCGUUCCUGGGCUUCCUGUGUGGCCCCUGGCUGUGGGUGAGCCUGGCCCAGCCGCCCACACAGCCCCCCACCAGGCCCCCCACCAGGCAGAGCCCACCGUCGCCCACCCUGCACUUCCGCCUGGCUGGCUAUCCCCGCAAGCACAACGAGGGGCGCAUUGAGGUUCUCUACAACCAAGAGUGGGGCACCAUCUGUGACGACGACUUCACACUGGCCAAUGCCCACAUCCUCUGCCGGCAUCUGGGGUUUGUGGCUGCCACAGGCUGGACUCACAGUGCAAAAUACGGCAAAGGUGUUGGGCGCAUCUGGCUGGACAACGUGAACUGUGGGGGCAAUGAGAAGAGCAUUGUGGAGUGCCCAUCGCGGGGCUGGGGCAACAGCGACUGCUCCCAUGAGGAAGACGCAGGCAUUGUCUGCAAGGAUGAGCGCAUUGCCGGCUUUGUUGACUCCAACGUAAUUGAGGCAGAGCAGAACCAGGUGGAGGAGCUGCGGCUGCGCCCAGUGGUGUCUCAGGCCAAGCGCCCGAUGCCUGUCACAGAGGGCAUUGUGGAAGUCGGCCACAAGAACAGCUGGGCCCAGAUCUGCGAUGAGAACUGGGGCAGCCAGGAAAGCCGCGUGGUCUGCGGGAUGCUGGGCUUUCCUGCCGAGAGGAAGGCCAACCGCAGCUUUUACAAGUUGUACCUGCAGCGCCAGCAGCAUCACUACCUCCUGCAUUCGGUUGCUUGUGUCGGGCAUGAGGUGCAUCUUUCCACCUGCUCUCUCAAGUUCUACAAGAGCAAUGUCACUGGGGCCUGCAAGGGUGGCAUGCCAGUGGUGGUGAGCUGUGUGUCAGGCCCCCUUUUUGCUGCAGGGAAUGCCCAGAAAAAGAGGCGGGGGCAUCAGCAGCAUCAGCAGCAGGGACAGCUGCGGGUCCGGCUGAAAGGGGGGGCCAAGGCUGGCGAGGGCCGGGUUGAGGUGCUGAAGAAUGGUGAAUGGGGCACCAUCUGCGAUGAUCACUGGAGCCUGCUGUCGGCCAGUGUCGUCUGCCGUGAGCUGGGCUUUGGUAGUGCCAAGGAAGCCCUGACAGGAGCACGCAUGGGCCAAGGAAUGGGCCAGAUCCACCUGAGCGAGGUGCAGUGCCUGGGCUCUGAGAAGUCACUCUGGAGCUGCCCCCGCAGGAACGUCACCCGGCAGGAUUGCAAGCACUCAGAGGAUGCGGGAGUCCGCUGCAACAUCCCUUAUAUGGCCUAUGAAACCUCGAUCCGCCUGAGCGGGGGCCGAAGCCGUUUUGAGGGGCGAGUUGAAGUGGCUGUGGGACCCAGGAGCCACCGUGCCCGCCAGUGGGGGCUGAUUUGCGGAGAAGGCUGGGGGACCCUCGAAGCCAUGGUGGCUUGCCGCCAGCUGGGCCUGGGCUAUGCCAACCACGGUUUGCAAGAAACCUGGUACUGGGAUGCCAGCAAUGUGACGGAAAUGGUGCUGAGCGGGGUGAAGUGUGCCGGGCAUGAGAUGACGCUGCGCCACUGCCAGCACGACAGCAGAGUUUCCUGCCGGAGGACGGGGACCCGCUUUGCUGCAGGUGUCAUCUGCUCCGAGACUGCCUCAGAUCUGCUGCUCCACGCAGCACUGGUGCAAGAGACAGCGUACAUCGAGGACCGCCCUUUGCACAUGCUCUACUGCGCUGCAGAGGAGAACUGCCUGUCCAGCAGCGCCCGCGACGCCAACUGGCCUUACGGGCACCGCCGUCUCCUGCGCUUCUCCUCUCAGAUCCACAACAAUGGCCGGGCCGACUUCCGCCCCAAGGCGGGACGCCACUCCUGGGUCUGGCAUGAGUGCCACGGACACUACCACAGCAUGGACAUCUUCACCCACUACGACCUCCUGACGCCCAAUGGAACCAGGGUGGCUGAAGGGCACAAAGCCAGCUUCUGCCUGGAGGACACAGAAUGCGAGGAAGAGGUGGGCAAGCGCUACGAGUGUGCCAACUUUGGAGAGCAGGGCAUCACGGUGGGCUGCUGGGACCUCUACAGGCACGACAUCGACUGCCAGUGGAUUGAUAUCACCGAUGUCAAGGCUGGGAACUAUAUCCUGCAGGUGGUGAUCAACCCCAGAUACGAAGUUGCAGAGAGCGAUUUCACUAACAACGCCAUGAAAUGCAACUGCAAGUACGAUGGACACCGGAUCUGGGUGCAUCGCUGCCACAUAGGUGACACCCUGAGCAACGAGGCCAGUGGGUCCUCCGAACGGUACCCAGGACAGAAGAACAACCAGAUCGCAUAGGCGGCAGCUGCCUCCCACUAGGCAAGAGGCAGACCUGGAUGGUACCAACAGCACAGCAGCAGGCAAGAGGGCUUGAUACCCCCCAGUUCCCCAGCU